AUGGCGGCUACGGCGGCGGCAAUGGCGGCUACGGCGGCGGCGGCCGUGGGCGGCGGCUGGAACAAUGGUGGCGGCUGGAACAACGGCGGUCGUGGUCAGGGUGGUGGUUAUAACAACGGCGGUGGCUGGAACAACGGCGGCGGCUGGAACAACGGCGGCGGCUGGAACAACGGCGGCGGCUGGAAUAACGGCGGCGGCGGCGGCAGCGGCGGCAAUGUGGGAACCGGAUGUCCAUCAGGCCAAGUUGGGGCUUGGGAUUCUAACGGAAACUGGUACUGCUACGUUCCGAAUUCGGACUGGUCAAACUCCUAUCGACGCCGCCGGAGUCUCAACCGACGACCUGCCAACAGGAACGGCCGCCGGUAUUGA